UGAGGAUUACCCGGCAUGCCUUAGGGCAACAUGGCGGCCCGGAGGUAGAGAGGCACAGAGAGCAGGACUCUCACUGCUGGUCACCUCCACUGUCUUUCAGUGACAAUUAUUCUUCCAGAAGUGCCGGUGACAGUCACUAGAAGACGUGGCUGACUCGUCUGAUCCCAUGGACUGCGCUGAAUGACAUCUGUAUGAUAGACUGAGCUUGUCACCUAUCACAGGUUGGACUUUACACCCUGUGGAUGUGAUCCGGAGCCUCUGUGAGGAGAUCAGCAUAUACAGUUCUCUGUCUUGAAUUACACAGACAAGCCAGGAGCGCAAAACAAAGGCUUUGAGGGAAGAGGAAGCAUCUUUGCUGGGAUUAUGAUCAGAACAACAAGUGCUUACCAGGUCUCCUGAGACUUGUGCGCUAGUGUUGUGGUGUAUCGGAUUACAGGCACUAGCAGAUGAUCUCAGGGAGGGGGAGUGUUUGCUGUUCCUGUUUUCCCAGCCCCUUUCAGGGGGUGUCCCAGCCUAACCUCAUCAGCAGUGCUAAAGUAGGAGCUUCUAAACACAGCCGUGGGAGAGCACAGGAUGACCAGUUCCGCCCCAAACAAGAAGCCUUACAGAAAGGCACCACCGCAGCAUCGUGAGACACGGCAUGAACCUAGGGAGGAGACAGUGGACCAGAAGAGCCAGGAUUCUCUGACAGAUGCUGAAAGGAUCCAGUUUCUGCAGCAUCAGAAUGAUGAUCUGCGCUGCCGUUUGGCAUACGUCACCACAAAAAUGGAAGCUAUGGAACAUGAAGUGGACGCUGGGCGACAUUACCUAGAGAUGGAGCUGGGCCGCAAUCGUGAGGAACUGGAAAAACUCAAAGACAAAUUUCGCAGGUUGCAGAACAGUUACACAGCCUCUCAGCGAACAAAUCAGGAUCUGGAGGAGAAGCUGCACACACUGAUUAAGAAAGCUGAGAUGGAUCGGAAAACUCUGGACUGGGAGAUUGUGGAGCUGACCAACAAGCUGCUGGAUGCAAAGACCACCAUCAACAAGCUAGAGGAACUGAAUGAGCGCUAUCGCCAGGACUGUAACCUUGCUGUACAGCUGUUGAAAUGCAACAAGUCGCACUUCAGGAACCACAAAUUUGCAGAUUUGCCUUACAAGCUACAGGACAUGGUCAGCAAGCACCUCCAAAGCUCUGCCUCCUCUCUGGUCUCUGGCCAGGACACUCCACCUCCUAGCAUGUCAAACUCAGAUGUGGUGCCGACCUCAGUAAUUGCCCAUGUGUUGGAAAAGCCAGAGUCCCUCAUCCUGAACUCUGCUACCUCCAGCAGCGGCAGUGGCCCGACUGCAGAAGAUGUUUUUGUGCAUGUGGACAUGAGCUGCCUGGGAGAGAGGGCAGGAGAUGCUAGCCAUCAGCAGAAUGGGGGUCUCCGAAAGCAGAACAGUGUGGACAGUGCCUCUGAUGACCCUCCAACGUUUGAGAAGCUAAGCCCAUAUCCCACACCACCACCUCCUCAUCCUAUGUACCCUGGUCGUAAGGUAAUAGAAUUUUCAGAUGAAAAGGUGAGAAUCCCUAAAAACAGCCCCUUGCCCAAUUGUACCUAUGCUACACGCCAGGCCAUUUCCCUUAGCUUGGUGCAAGGCGAAGAGGGAAGUCCAGACAGGCAUCGCACUGUACCAAACAGCCCAGCGUCAACAGGCAGUUACCCGCAACGGGCAAGAAGCGCAGAUAACCCUUUGCGCUCUCCGGUAAGCAGCACUGCUCCCAGUUCUGCCAGCUCAGAAGAGGACAUGUUGGCAAACUGGCAGAGAAUGUUUGUGGAGAAGGCAGCACCCAGCACAGAGGGGUCUUUGGCACACCGUACAUCAUAUAGCAAGGAAACUGCGAUAGAACUGCAGAAGCGAUUCAGUCGUUCCAUGCAAGAACUCAGCAGGGUGGCACAGGCUUAUUCUGAAAGAGAGGGUUGUGGUCUUAGCUGGAUGGGCAGCCAAGAAUCAAGUCUAGAAGCAGAGGCUGUAGGUUCAAGAAAGGUACAUGUCCCUAAUGAAUAUGGAAAGGACUUCUCCCAGGAGGAAGCUCAGGACCUACUUUCUGCAACUGUAGAGGAAGAAGAAUGCCAGGAAGAGCAGCCGAUAGUUUCAGAGGACACAGAGGACGAGAGAGUAGCAGAGGAUGAGGUCCAGGCAGAGGAUGAGGUCCAGCAGUCACAAUUAGAGGAAGAAUUGUUUCCAGAGAACCCCCCUACAAUACGACCACACCGCAGCCCCAAAAGAAUGGGUGUGCAUCAUCUGCACAGGAAAGAUAGCCUGACCCGGGCACAGGAACAGGGGAAUCUUCUGAACUGAAAGCAGGGACAAAAUAUCCUCUACUGCUGCCUGGAUCCUUUCAGUUUAUGAGACACCUGGGUAAUGUAGGCCCUGGGGCCCGGCAUGGCGAGGGGCCACAGGUUGUAAACCUGCUACAUUCCAUAUAUGCAAAUGAUGAGCAGCCCAUGGGGCCUUCAGUUCACGUUACUAGCAGCAAUGUACUUACUCACCUGUCAGCUCUGCGGGUGUUGGGCUAGAAUGUACCCUGUCAUGUUUGUUCAUCCGAAGCUGGCAGAAUAUUCUGUAUCUUUUGUGAUGUGUUACUUAUGUCAGACAAAAGCAGAAAACCAAGGGUGUGUUUAUAUUGUGCAUCCCAGUAUUAACAUGUUGUUUGCUGAUCAGUAAUCUAAUGGCAGCUUAAGGGAAGGAUCCAAACAAGAAGUGCUACAUGCUGCUCACAAUGAAAUAACUUACAGCCCAGGAAGCUCAUUAUACAUGAGUUAGCACUGCCCCCUAAUUAAGAAAUCAUUUAGCUGAUCUUUUAACCCAUUGCAGUCCUCUCUGGUAGUGAAAGGGUUAUUGCUUUAUUAUAAACACUAAGUAGUUAGUAUGCAGAGUGCUAAAAGGCUAUGGUAAUAGAAAAAAAAAAGGAAUCCGUGCACACAGCAGGAAGUGCGUAUUUAUUACGUAACCAGACUCCUAUGGAGCUAGAUGCAAACUUGCUACUUAAGUAAAAUAAGCUCAAGUGUCAUGAAACUAAAUACGUUUAAAAAUAAUCAAAGGUUUUAGCACUUAAGCAUAAAUAAAGUAAUCACAAGUGACCAAUUCUUUCUAAACCCUCAUAAUAAAUCAAUUCACGUGUACA